AUGUUUCAGAGUUUGUCAUGUAUCAUCGUUCUUGUAGCAGUUUACCUCUAUUUUAUAAAGGAAAACGUUGUUGACAUUAAUUCAAAAAUACAAGAUGUACUAGAUGAGGAGUAUGACUAUAUUGUGGUUGGAGCAGGAUCAGCAGGUGCUGUCGUAGCAAGUAGACUGUCAGAAGACCCAAACACCAAAGUGUUGCUCCUAGAAGCUGGAGAAGCAUCAAACUCCCUCACAAAGGCGCCAUUGGGCACCAAGCUUGUUCAACGGACCAGCAUGGACUGGGAAUACAAAACAGUUCCACAGAAACACUGUUGCAAAGGCUUGGAAAACUCGCAAAGUAAAUGGACACGCGGCAAAUUACUGGGAGGUUGCAGUGCACAUAACUACAUGCAAUACACACGUGGAAGUAAAUAUGACUAUGACAUGUGGGCAGAGCUGGGAAACACAGGGUGGAGCUAUAAAGACGUACUUCCAUAUUUCAAAAAAUCUGAAACGCAACUUGACCCCAAACUAAGCAAAUCAAAAUACCAUGGUACCUCGGGGCCUCUACAAGUAUCGGUUGUCGAUGAAGUUGAAUGUAUAAAGUAUGUAAAUGAUGCAGCGGUUGAAGCAGAGCUCAAGACUACAGAGGAUUACAAUGGCGAAGAUCAACUGGGCUGGAACUUAGCUCAGGUUACUGUAGAUGCCAAGGGAGAGAGGUCCAGUACUGCAACUGCCUUCUUAGAGCCAAAUAUGGACAGAAAAAAUCUACAUGUAGCAACACAAGCUCACGUCACAAAAGUUCUCCUAGAAGGCAAGAAAGCAGUGGGUGUGGCUUACGUGAGAGACUUGGUCAAGAAAAAUGUGAAAGCAAGAAAGGACGUUAUACUAUCAGGAGGUGCCAUUGGAUCAGCUCACAUUCUCCUACUCUCUGGAAUAGGACCUAAGAAACACCUUGAAGAGAUAGGAAUACCUGUUGUGGCAGACCUACCAGUUGGAGAAAACAUGGAGGACCAUCCUACAGCAGACCUUUUGACAUAUUUCACCAAAGUUGAUGCCAUUACGGAAAACCAAGCAUUCUCUUUUCUUGAAACCUGGAAGUAUAAACUCUUUGGAACAGGUGUAUGGAAGAAUCCACUCGCAAACCUGAUGUACUUUAUGAAAUCUCCUUACCAGCCGGAUGAUCACAAAUUCCCAUACAUCCAGAUUCAUGUAUUUUCAACAUUAUAUGGACAUGAGAAAGGGACAGAUUAUGUAAAAGGCAACAUCGGCUAUACUAAUGAGGUAUGGAAUGCAAUAUUUCCAGAUGAGCAAAUGGACGGAAAAACUGGUGUCAGUACAAUUGUCACAUUGCUCCAUCCAGCAACGAAUGGUACAAUUAGACUUCAAAGCACCGACCCAUUUGAUCAUCCAUUAAUUGAGCCCAACUACCUUGAAAAUGCAGUUGAUGUGAAACAUUUGAUGGCAGGUUUAAAGGUUUGGACAGAAAAACUUGCAAAAACAAAUGCAUUCACAAAGGGAGGAUUUGAACUGAAUACGAAUCAUCAUCCUUUAUGUAAGGCUCACCGAUUUGGUACCGAUGCUUACUGGGAUUGUUUCAUAAGAGCAAACUUGUGGACUUUAAACCAUCCAACAUCAACAUGCAGAAUGGGACCAGCAACUGAUAAGAACUCAGUUGUAGAUCCACAGUUAAGAGUGAAGGGGAUUGAGAAUCUGAGAGUGGCGGAUGCAUCCAUCAUGCCUCAUGUCAUGUCAGGCAACACCAAUGCGCCAUCUAUUAUGAUAGGAGAGAAGGCUGCAGAUUUGAUUAGACAAUCGUAA